GAAUCAAUGGUCCUGUAUGUAUUCAGCUGUGAAUUCCAUUACAAGAUUGGUUAUAAGUUACCAAAGCAACCCAUCUCCACAAAUAAAGCAAUGGGUGGAAUCAUUUCCAGAUGGCGGGCAAAACCUUCCACUGUAGAAGUGUUGGAAAAACUUGAUAAGGAUAUCCAGUCACUGGAAGAGUUCAGAGAGAAAAAUCAGAGGCAGCAGAAGCUAUGGGUUGGAAGAUUUCUCCUCUAUUCAUCUGUCCUCUAUCUUCUUAUUUGCUUUGUUAUUUAUUUGUGGUACCUUCCUGAUGAAUGGACUGCUCGAUUUAUUAUGACUCUUCCACUUUUUGCGUUUCCUCUGAUCAUUUGGUCCAUAAGAACACUCCUCAUCUUCUUUUUUUCAAAAAGAACAGAAAGAAAUAAUGAAGCCUUAGAAGAUUUAAAAGCCCAGAAGAAAAAAAUACUUGAAGAAGUGAUGGAAAAAGAAACAUAUAAGGCUGCUAAAUUAAUCCUUGAACGAUUUGAUCCAGAAGCCAAGAAGGCAAAGGAUGUGGAGCUGCCAUCUGCUGGAGCAUCUGCAGUUCCAAGACCUGGCCAAGAACUUCGCCAUCGGACCCCAGUGCGAGAAAACAUGCCUCCACCUGGCCCAGUUACAUCAAAACAGGGAUCUCCAAAAGCUAUGGGUCCAGUGCCACCACUACCUUCUGGCUUGCCAAGAGACAUAUCAGCACCCGGGGGACCUCCGGAGAGAACUCUGUCAUCAGCCUCACCGCCAAAUAUGUUACCGCGACAUCCUGGGUCCCGUACUUCCUCAAUGCCUGGAAUGGGCCUUCAUCCUCCAGGACCCCCGUUGGCAAGACCUAUUCUUCCUCGAGAGAGGGGGGCAUUAGAUAGAAUUGUUGAAUAUUUAGUUGGAGAUGGUCCACAGAACAGAUAUGCCUUGAUAUGCCAGCAGUGUUUCUCACAUAAUGGGAUGGCUUUGAAGGAAGAGUUUGAAUAUAUUGCCUUUCGGUGCGCCUACUGUUUUUUCCUGAAUCCUGCAAGAAAAACCAGACCACAAGCUCCACGGCUUCCAGAUUUCGACAUUGAAAAGAAGCCAGCUGCUAUAAUGGAGAGUAGGACCGAAGCUAUGCAGCUGGAGGAGGAAAACUUGCAACAGCCUGAAACGGAAGAAGGACCUUCAGAGGAAGCUCCCCCAUUGACAGAGACAGACCAGGAAAAUAACCAGGCUUUAACAGUCAAACAAGGUGAUGACAUGGUUGAAUCUGCGCAGGGAGAGCAACCAGCAAAGGAAACAGAAACAAUGGAAACAGAAACAAUGGAAACAACGCCUUCCACCUCCCUCCCUCCUCCAGAUCACUCCAGUACAGCAUCUUCCUUGGUGUGGACAAGAAACACCAUCAUCCCCAUUCUAGAUGCAGCUUUGUAAAAUUGGAAUGAUGUUUGCAGUACCUCAAGAAAGGCAUUGUGUUGGAUAGCUGAACCGGUGGGAAAGAAAUAAGAUGCUUACUU